AUGAAACUACAUGUGAUGUGGGAUGAAUUUGAUCCUAGCAAAUUUUACGCAGACACCUACUUGCGGUGGAACGAAGACGUGUCCAAACGAACUGGUGGAUCAGACGAGUUCCGAGUGCGGCUGGGUACAGUACAUUUGCGUAGCCAUUCGUUCGGAGAUUUGCCGGUUUGGUUGCUAACCUUGGUGCUCGAUGCUCAAGAAUUCGAAACGGUCGUAACAUGCCCCGAGCAAUAUAUAAAGUCUUUUCUGUCUUCUGGACCGCACACAGAGAAGGAAAGAGAGACAGAACGAGAGCCAACUUAA